AUGGUUAAUGGUCCAGCUGAACUUCGUAGAAAAUUAGUUAUAGUAGGUGAUGGUGCUUGUGGUAAAACUUGUUUAUUAAUUGUUUUUUCAAAAGGAACUUUUCCAGAAGUUUAUGUUCCAACAGUUUUUGAAAAUUAUGUAGCAGAUGUUGAAGUUGAUGGUAGAAAAGUAGAAUUAGCUUUAUGGGAUACUGCUGGUCAAGAAGAUUAUGAUAGAUUAAGACCUUUAUCUUAUCCUGAUUCAAAUGUUAUUUUAAUUUGUUUUUCAGUUGAUUCACCAGAUUCUUUAGAUAAUGUUUUAGAAAAAUGGAUUUCAGAAGUUUUACAUUUUUGUCAAGGUGUACCAAUUAUUUUAGUUGGUUGUAAAUCAGAUUUAAGAGAUGAUCCUCAUACUAUUGAAGCUUUAAGACAACAACAACAACAACCAGUUUCAACUUCUGAAGGUCAAGCUGUUGCUCAAAGAAUUGGUGCUGCUGAUUAUUUAGAAUGUUCUGCUAAAACUGGUAGAGGUGUUAGAGAAGUUUUUGAAGCUGCAACAAGAGCUUCUUUAAAAACUAAAGAUAAAAAAGAAAAGAAAAAGAAAUGUGUUGUUUUAUAG